ACCCCGCCCCCCCCUCCAUUUCCGCCCCCGGCUCAGACUCUGGCCACCCCUUGCUCUGUGUGUGUGUGUGCGCGCGCGCUUAACUCCUGCUCCUCCCCCUCAGCCCCUCUCCUAACCCUGCGUCCAGCUGCUUGACCCCCCUAACGAGUCAAUUUCCGCCCCCCCCCCGCUCCGAUUUUCCCCUUUUUGCCCCGUCAAUAGCAACCACAGACUCUGAUGGCAAGGAAGGGCAGGGGCUUCAGCAGAUGUUACUGAGCAUGCUCAGUGUCGGUGUUGGUGUCACGGAGUUCCUGGGCAAUGCUCUGGCACUGCUCCGGCACUGCUCCUAUGAAGCCAGACAGCACUCUGGUGAAGUCUCCUCUCUCAGAGCAGACUGUCUCCAGGGCAAGAAGCUCACACGCCUUCCACCUUCCUGGGUCUGACCUCAGAUCAUUCAGCAUCCUCUGCCCCACCGUGCGUUUCCCACAGCAAGUCCACCCAGGCGGGGUCCUGGGGAAGCCAGAGGGUCCUGCAUGCACCCCCACUUCACAGUCAGACGUGACUCUCAGCUAGCCGGGAAAACAGAGGUUUAUUAGAUGACAGGAACAUGGCCUAAAACAGAGCUGGCUACAGAAUAACGUCCAUGUUUCGCUCCAGAUCAUUCCCUCCUCCCAGGGGGAAGGAAAUGGCUGCAAUGGAGCUGGCUCAGGUCAUUGAUAAGAAUGUGAAAUAUCACAGGGCCAAGAACCAAUCCUUGCGGGAAGCCACUAGAAAGAAAUCCACUUGACCAUGGUUCCCCAUUUACAAUCCCAGUUUUUAAUCUAUUUAAUGUAUGCCGUGUGUAUUUUGUAUCUUUCUAGUUUUCAAGUCACAAUAUUGUGCUGAACCAAGUCAUAUGCCUUACAGAAGUCUAGGUAUAUUACAUCAGUACUAUUAGCUGUGACCAAACUUGGAUCUCAUCCAAUAAGGAUAUCCAGUUAGUUUGAUAGGAUCUAUUGUGUCUAAACCUUUGUUAAUGGGUACUAAUUAUAUUAGCCCCCCCUUUAAUUCUUUAUUAAUGAAAUCCGGUAUCUGCUGCUCCAUUCUUUUGCCCAGUAUCAAUUUUAGACUAACACCCUUGUAAUGAGAUAGGUCAUCUCUUUUACACUUUUUAAAUAUUGGCACAGCAUUAGCUUUAUUCCUGUCUUAUGGAAUUUCCCCAGUGUUCCAAGUCCUAAUUAAAAUCAACAUUAACAGUCCAUCACUCUCCUACACCAGGUCUUUCAAAACUCUUGUUAUCUGGACCCACUGAUUUAAACAUAUCUAACUUUAAUAGAUGGUGUUUAACGUCCUCGUGAGUUACUGUUGGAAUAGAAAGACUGUCAGCGUCAACAUCUUAUGAUAAGAGUUAGAUCAUCUGUUUUUUUCUCCAAAUCCAGGAGAGAGAUAUUUAUUGAACACUUUUACCUCUUCUUCAUUAUUUUUGAUAAUUCUGCCAUUUCCAUCUAGUAAUUUACCACUACCAUUGUUAGGUUUAAUGUUGUACUUAAUAUACUUUUAAAAAUUUCCUUCUUAUUGUCAUUGAUCAUUGAUUUCUGAUAGCUUCCCUUACCAAUUUUCUACAAUUCUGACCUUCUAACUUAUAUUCUUUACUAUUGACUUCCCCUUUCUUCCAUCUAUUUUAUUUGGAGAGUGUUGGGAUUCCUAGUAGGGAGCCACCAGCAGGGUCCAGAGACAGCCCCAUCUCCUAUAUCAAUCUCUGGCUAGUAGGUAUGUGAUAAAUGUGAAAACCCUGCCUCCUUCUGUCAGCUGGGAAACACAAAGGUUCUCUCUUCCUACCCUCUGAUGCCUCCUGGCUGCUCUAGGCAAGGUGGGGUGGGACUCUGUUAACAUGUGCCUCCCAGAGCUUCCAUUUACCUGGUGCUGUUGUUCCGUGAAUAGUGGGGUUGUGACUGGGGCAGCAGGUACUGAGUGUUGAACUCUUGCUCUUUCAGAGGCCGGUGACUUUCGAGGAGGUGGCUGUGUAUUUCACCAGGGAAGAGUGGGCUCUGCUGCACCCCACUCAGAGAGCCCUCUACAGGGAUGUCAUGCAGGAGAACUAUGAGAAUGUGACCUCGCUGGUAGGGUUUCCAGUUUCCAAACCUGAUGUGAUCUCGCAGCUGGAACGAGGGGAAAAGCCAUGGAUCCUAGACCUCCAGGGCUCUGAGGAAGAAGUGCUCCGGAGAGGUGAUGGGAUGGUGAGUGAGAAUGAGGAGAAACCCCAGCAGGAAGAUGCUGAGCAAGUAGAACCACAUGGGAAGUUAUCAGGAAGAUCCAAAGGGAAUGUUUCCGGGAGUUGUGCACUCCGAGAAAAAGCAAAAGCCUGUGAGAGUCAGGAGAGACCAGAGGAAAACUUCAGUAGCCACUCAGACCUUAUAAUACAUGACAGAAUCAACUUGGAAGAGACACACUACAUGUGCUCUGAGUACGGAAAAAGCUUCAAUGGGAACUCUGCCCUUAUCACACAUCAGAGAAUCUACAUGGGUGAGAAACCUUAUGGAUGCUCUGAGUGUGGGAAAUGCUUCAAUCGGAUCUCACACCUUAUCAGACAUCAGAGAAUCCACACAGGAGAGACGCCCUACACGUGCUCCGAGUGUGGGAAAAGCUUCAGUCAGAGCUCUGCCCUGAGCACACAUAGGAGAAUCCACACAGGAGAGAGGCCCUACACAUGCUCCGAGUGCGGGAAAAGCUUCAGUCACAGUUCUGCCCUGAGCACACAUAGGAGAAUCCACACAGGAGAGAUGCCCUACACAUGCUCUGAGUGCGGGAAAAGCUUCAAUCAGAGCUCUGUCCUGAGCCUACACAGGAGAAUCCACACAGGAGAGAGGCCCUACACAUGCUCUGAGUGCAGUAAAAGCUUCAGGCGGAGCUCACACCUUUUCAGACAUCAGAGAAUCCACACAGGAGAGAGGCCGUACACGUGCUCUGAGUGCGGGAAAUGCUUCAGUUGUAGCUCACACCUCAUCUCACAUAGGAGAAUCCACACAGGAGAGACGCCCUACACAUGCUCUGAGUGUGGGAAAAGCUUCAGGCUGAGCUCAGACCUUAUCAUACAUAGGAGAAUCCACAGAGGUGAGAAACCGUAUGGAUGCUCUGAGUGCGGGAAAUGCUUCAGUCGGAGCUCACACCUCAUCUCACAUAGGAGAAUCCACACAGGAGAGACGCCCUACACAUGCUCUGAGUGUGGGAAAAGCUUCAAUCAGAGCUCUGUCCUGAGCGUACACAGGAGAAUCCACACAGGAGAGAGGCCCUACACAUGCUCUGAGUGCGGGAAAAGCUUCAGUCAGCGUUCAAACCUUAUCAAACAUCAGAGAAUCCACAUGGGCAAGAACUGUAAUAAAUCCUUUGACUAGGGCUGGCCAAAGAUUUUUUUUAAAAAAAAAUCACAUUUGCUAAUUCCCACAUAGUGAUUUUUGCACCAUAUUCAUCGUGAUCUCUCAGCUCCACCAGAUGAGUUGCCUGCUUGUGCCUUUUGCUGCUCACCUUCUUUGGGGUCAGUCCUGUGAUCUUAUCUAUCAACUCCUUUCCUUUUGAGUUGUAGGAGUGUGUGUCCCUCCAGCCAGGAAUGUUCAUCAGCUCCAGGUGGGAGAGAGAGAUUUGAUCCCAACAAGCGGAAGCAAAAACUAUCUGUGCCUGACAUUCACUAGGACUGUACAUGGCGUUGGCUGCUCAAGUUAGUGAUCUUGAUGUAAAAAGACAAUUCUAGUUGUAGCGCAGAUGCAGCCCAGGUGCAGUGGUUGGCAUUAGGUUCCCCCUUGACCCGACCUAAACAAACCCUGAGCAUCACGGUUAUACUGUUCCUCCAUUUCAAAGCAAUUGUUAGUCUUCAGGUUCCCCCUUUGGGAACAAAUUGUUUCAUUCCCAGUUGCUCUGAUGUUGCUUCAGGUUGUGCUGCAGAGCAGAUACUUUUACUACUAUUUUUAUCACUUCAAUAUUUUUAACUAUAACAAAGAGCAGGAACAGGGCAGGGAUAGGGGAAAAUGUUAUUUCACCCUCUGUAACAACAGAAGAAGAUAGGGUAAAUCAGAGAGAUUUCCUUAUUCCCCAUCACCAUCCCAAUCCCCCCUGUUCUUCAAUUGGUUAGGUCAAUAUUUUUUCUAAAGGGCUGGGAAGAGGAUUCCCUAGUAAAUGACUUGGAACUACGCAAAAUGCCCAUACAUUUGGGCUCCCAAAGCAGUUGUGGCACGGGCUCUGCAGGAGGUCGCUCCUGAAGAUAUCUCCUUCCUAAGCAGCUGCAUGUUGCCUGUUAUCUGGGAAAGGCAAUCCCUAUCUAGGUAGAGAUGGGGAAAAUGGAAGUGACAUUUCUGUUCAACUCUCCCCUGGGAGAUGCUGCAAAUGUGUAGAAAAUGAAAUCCAUGUUGAAUGUGAUAUAGCUGCAGAAAGAUAUCUAUUUUUAAUAGAUACCUGACAAUUUGGAUCUUACACUGAUUCUAAGCCGUACCUGAAUUUAGGUCCUAAUUUAAAUCUGUGCCACCAGAUUAAAGAAAUAAAAGGGCAUAUUUGGGGGAGUUAUACCUCACUAUCGCUA